GCUCAGGCAGCGUGAGAUCACUUGAUCCCAUCCUGAUCCGUCAAUUUAGGAUCUUCUUUGAUUUGAUCACCAUCGUUCAGCGAUCCACGUCUUAUCGACCAGUCAGCUUGUAUCGACAUCAACUUCUUUGCCCAAUAUGAUUCCCACUUCCGCUGUCCUAGGUCUACGAAUGGCCACUCCCGUCCUUUCACGACCUCUGGCGCGUGCUCCCGCUCUGAAGAAUGGUCAAAUGAUCAUCGCCAAGCGAUUUAACACGCCGGAGAACAGAGGCGGAAGGAGCAAGCUGAUCUUCAGAUUCGGCCUUCGAGAUCUUCCUGUUGAGCUCUACCCGAUCGCAUUCAUCACUGCGGUAGCUCUCGUCGGAGCUGGUGUUGCCAUCGGAAGACACUUGUAUCUUGAUGGAGUAGGCUUUACGCUACCUCGUCUCCCAAGACAGCGCUGACACUGUCUUAGCUCCGGAUCGUCCCCUCCGCAGCUCGUGAAAAGGCAAAGGAGAGUCCUUUCCCUGCUCAACCCGCUCAACCUUCUCAGUAAACGACAAUAAAGGCAUGAUGAAUGGAUUUCC